CCGCAUAUGACCGGUUUCUAUUUGCUGCGGCCUUUUUAUUCUUCCGACCCUCUUCCGCUCGUCUCCUCCCGUCGUCGCUUAAUUUGACUCCCAGAUCUCUGUUCAUCUGCUCUGUCGACUGUAAUCAAUGGCAGUGGAAGCUUUGGGAAAGGGCAUGUGUCUUUCCUGCAAUACGAGGAGGGACGCUUCCUUGGAGCUUCGCCGUUGUUCCUCUAGUGCUAUUGAGCUUGGGCGGUCUUGGAGUCGAUUCCUUGGAAGAAGGUUGGUUGUCGGGUCGACGAGAGGCAAGCCCUUAGGGAGCGGAAACCUCGGUUUCAUCUCUGCACAGAUGUCUCUUUCUGUUAGAAAAUCUGUGAAAUGGUGGGAAAAGUUUCUCCAUCCCAACAUGAAGGUGAUCGAUUCAGCACAGGAUCUAGUCGACACUUUAUCGGAAGCUGGCGACAAACUUGUCAUUGUAGAUUUCUUCUCCCCUGGAUGUGGAGGCUGCCGGGCCCUCCACCCAAAGAUUUGCCAGUUUGCAGAGAUGAACCCUAAUGUCCUGUUUCUACAAAUAAACCAUGAGCAACAUAAGUCCAUGUGUUACAGCUUGAACGUUCAUGUCCUCCCCUUUUUUAAGUUUUACCGGGGAGCAGAAGGCCGCCUCUGCAGCUUCAGCUGCACAAAUGCAACUAUUAAGAAAUUCAAAGAUGCACUGGCCAAGCACAAUGCCGACAGGUGCAGCCUGAGUCCUGCAAAAGGCUUGGAGGAGUCAGAACUCAUGGCAUUGGCUGCGAACGGAGAUCUCUCCUUCAAUUAUACUCCCAAAGCACCAGUUCCUGUUCCAAAUCUUCAUGAUGCAUCUUCUGAGAAAACUCCUGCAAAUCCAAUGCUCCCUCUUCAUAGAAAUCCAUGGUUCUUUCAGGACAUUGAGGAGAAGAGCCUAGCAACAGCUCAGGGAUGAAGAAAUGGAAGUGAUUGUACUAAUUUAGUGUUCUGAAUUGUUUCUUCAAGUGCUAUCCUCUUGUUAAUCUCUAUGAUGAUUAUAGUAGAAGAGAUUGAGCAAGAGCAGCGCAGGCUCUUUCUUUUUUUACCUGUUCGGGUCUGCUAAGUAGUUGUGGUUCCUGCAUGAGGAAUUCAAUCUGUCCUAAAGAUAUUUUGCUAUGGUUAAUAACAUUCUAUGUUAACUCCUGAA